UUCCAUUACUUGUAAAGUCAAGACUCGAGCGGUUCGGACAGGCUUCAGUUUGAUCUGACUGGAUACGAACAAAGCUUAUCUUAGUUUAAAACCGUGUCGGUGCACAGUUUUCAGGUCACUCUUUACAUUAAUCUCCUUUAAAGUCGCGUUUGUUCUGUAAUAAAUCUGGUUAGCUUGUUGAACCGGGUGUCAAAAUGUUGAACCUGACUAGAAGCAUUUCAAGGACUUUGCCUGUAAGGAGCAACUCGAGGAAUUACUCUUCAUCCAUCUGGAAGACAUGUUGGAGUGGUUUCCAGCAGGAUGCUUUCAGAGCCUUGUCUAGAAGAGACUAUGCAUCUGAAGCCAUCAAGGGUGCAGUUAUUGGCAUCGACCUGGGAACGACUAACUCAUGUGUUGCUGUCAUGGAGGGAAAACAGGCAAAGGUGCUGGAAAAUGCAGAAGGAGCCAGGACAACUCCUUCAGUUGUGGCAUUCACAGCAGAUGGCGAGCGUCUGGUGGGGAUGCCAGCUAAACGCCAGGCUGUCACCAACCCUAAGAACACACUUUACGCCACCAAAAGGCUGAUUGGACGUCGUUACGAUGACCCAGAGGUCCAGAAAGACUUGAAACAUGUCCCAUACAAGAUUGUUCGUGCCUCUAAUGGGGACGCCUGGGUGGAGGCCCAUGGGAAAAUGUACUCCCCAAGUCAAGUUGGAGCCUUUGUCCUUAUGAAGAUGAAGGAGACUGGAGAGAACUACCUGGGCAACAAAGUGAAGAAUGCUGUCAUCACUGUACCAGCGUACUUCAAUGACUCUCAAAGACAGGCUACCAAAGACGCAGGUCAGAUUGCCGGUUUGAAUGUCCUGCGUGUGAUCAAUGAGCCGACUGCUGCUGCUCUGGCCUAUGGCUUGGAUAAAACUCAGGACAAGAUUAUUGCCGUGUAUGAUCUGGGUGGAGGUACGUUUGAUAUCUCCGUACUGGAGAUUCAGAAGGGAGUUUUUGAGGUGAAGUCGACAAAUGGUGACACUUUCCUGGGAGGAGAGGACUUUGAUCAGCACCUCCUCAAACACAUAGUGAAAGAGUUCAAGAGAGAGUCUGGGGUGGACCUCAUGAAAGACAACAUGGCUCUUCAGAGAGUUCGAGAGGCUGCAGAAAAGGCAAAGUGUGAACUGUCAUCUUCACUGCAGACUGACAUCAAUCUCCCCUAUCUAACCAUGGACGCCUCCGGUCCAAAACAUCUCAACAUGAAACUGACUCGUGCUCAGUUCGAGGGGAUUGUGGCCGACCUGAUCCGUCGUACCGUGGCGCCCUGUCAGAAGGCCAUGCAGGAUGCUGAGGUGUCCAAAGGAGACAUUGGUGAGGUGCUGCUGGUAGGAGGCAUGACCCGAAUGCCCAAGGUCCAGCAGACAGUCCAGGACCUAUUUGGACGAGCUCCCAGCAAGUCUGUUAAUCCUGAUGAGGCUGUUGCCAUAGGAGCAGCCAUCCAGGGUGGCGUUCUCGCUGGUGAUGUCACUGACGUGCUGCUUUUAGAUGUCACUCCACUUUCUCUGGGGAUUGAAACUCUGGGGGGUGUCUUCACAAAACUCAUCAACAGGAACACCACCAUCCCCACCAAGAAGAGCCAGGUGUUCUCCACAGCAGCUGAUGGACAGACACAAGUGGAGAUCAAGGUGUGUCAGGGGGAGAGAGAGAUGGCAUCAGACAACAAGUUGCUGGGUCAGUUCACACUGGUGGGAAUCCCCCCUGCUCCUCGUGGAGUACCUCAGAUAGAGGUCACCUUUGAUAUCGACGCCAACGGCAUUGUCCACGUGUCAGCCAAAGACAAGGGCACAGGUCGCGAGCAGCAAAUUGCGAUCCAGUCAUCAGGAGGCCUGAGCAAAGAUGAUAUUGAGAACAUGAUCAAGAAUGCUGAAAAGUAUGCGGAGGAGGACAGGAGGAGAAAAGAAAUGGUGCAGGCUGUCAACGAUGCUGAGAACAUAAUCCAUGACACAGAGUCAAAGGUAGAGGAGUUCAAGGACCAGCUUCCUGCUGAUGAGUGCACCAAGCUGAAGGAGGAGAUCUCAAAGGUUCGGGAACUUUUGGCAAACAAGGAUUCAGAACCUGCUGAAAAGAUCAAACAGGCAGCCAGCAGCCUGCAGCAGUCAUCGUUGAAACUUUUUGACAUGGCCUAUAAGAAGAUGGCAGCAGAGCGCGACAGCAGCAGCAGCAGCAGCAGUAGCAACAGUUCAUCAGAAGGAGAGAAGAAAGAAGGCCAGCAGUAGACCUGAUUGUCAUGAAGUCUGUGACAAAGACUUGUGAUCUAAAAAGGCCGUCUACAUGGAGAGGGUGGCAGUUGUGUCGGUGGUAUAAUCUACUGUGUUUUGGCAGUAAAAUUCUGUGUAGAAAAGAUACAUCAUGCUUCUGUUAGACAAUAUUUUGUCUUUAAUUUAACUAUCUUUACACAAUGUUCUAUUAUUUUUACAAAGUCUGUUCAGUAUGGGUGUAUUUUUCCCUCCAAGAGUUGUUCCCUCAGCACCACUGAUCUUUUAAGGCACAUCAGCUGGUUCAUCACCCUUCCUUCAGUCUGCUGUAAAAUAUUGCCCAGUGUCUGAGUGUUGCUUCAUCUGAGCUGGAGAGAUGAUAACCUAUAUUUGAAUAAAAUAGUUUUUUUUUUUUUAGGUCCACAUAUCUUUACUGUCAAUGAAGAAACUUGUAAUUUUCUCCCACCUCUCAGCCACAACAUUGGAGUUAACAAGAUGAGAUUGUUCCUUAGUUGCAAAGAUAUGCAAUAAAUGUCUUUAGUAGUGUCCACAUGGGGUGAACACCCCCCCCCCCCCCCCCA